UUAUUUUAGAAGUUACAUGGGGGGGGGGGACACAUUUUACCACUUUGGAAGUGUCUCUCGCGCCAACUAUUCAGUUUAGAAAAAAAUGAUAUUAGAAACCUCAAUAUCAUUUUUGAAGACCUAUCCACAGAUGACACGUAUGGGUUUGAUGAAAAAAUAUUUUUUUUGUUUCAGUUCUAAGUAUGAGGAACCCCCAAAAGUUAUUGUUUUUUUUUUGUGAAAAUCUUAAUGCGGUUCACAGAAUAUAGUUCUUAUAGUUUCGAAAAAAAGUGGCUGUGACAUACGGACGGACAGACAGACAGACAUGACGAAUCCAUAAGGAAUUCCGUUUUUUUGCCAUAUGGCAACGGAACCCUAAAAACUACUUAUCUUCACCGUAGAAAGAAUUCUGGUACCUAACCUAUACCUUCACUAACCUACAUCCCACAUAGGGUGACCAGAUCUGAUCCGGUUUUACGGUACAACCCGUACAACUGCAUUAAACAGGCGGUUUUUUUUAUUAAAAAUCAUUUUUUUUUAAUACUUUUCAAAUUUGGUAUAAUCAAUUAAACAAUCUGUAAAAUUAAUGAAACAAUUUGCGCGAGAAAAAAAAUAUGGUUCGAAUAGGUAUUUUUAUCAUAAAAUUCCACUGAAUCAAAAAAUUACAGGACAUUGUACUGUCUCGUAUUGAUUUCGCCAAAUUACGGGACAAUGAAAAAUUCUUGCCAGAAAUACGGGACAUCCCGUAAAAUGCUGGACAUCUGGUCACCCUAAUCCCACACCCCGACGCCAACUGAUAGCAUAAUCAUUUUAAUACGCAACCAACUUUGUAUUUAUUAUCUCGUGUGAAGCUCGCAAAAUAAAACAAUACAUUAACAUAAUGCGAAUGUGUGCACUCGUAUACAUAGUGAUUCAUGCUUUUUCGACCGGAUGAGCGAUUGGUUGGAGGACUUGGACGGACCUCAACGUCUGUCUGCGCGCGCGCCGGCGGAACGACCAGUCGGCCACCAUUGCCACCAAAAUCACGUCAUUUCAGUAAAGUGAACCAAGGCGAACGCACGCGUUGAAGGUUUUUACGAUGGCGGGAAACGGUGCUGACUCUAGUGACAUUCCAGAAGAUGAUAUCGACGGGCCAAUCCCCGACAAAGAUGAUAUGUCUUUAGAACCCGAAUACUAUGACAUGUCACGGGAAAGGAAGAUGAUCAUCUUCAACCAUUUCGAGUACAAUGAUGAUUACCCAGAACUAAGAAAAAAGCCAGGGACGCGCAACGGCACGUAUCGCGACGUGGAAGCUCUCACUAAAACCGGCGAAAACCUGAACUUUGACGUCACACCAUACCACGAUAGAACUCACGAUGAGAUUCUUUGCAUCAUGGACGAUUUUUGCAAGCAGGAUCACAAAGACACGUCCUGCGUUUGCGUGUGUAUCCUCACUCACGGCUUGGGUGGCGGCCGGCUGUUCGCACGCGACAAGUCCUUCAACCUGGCAGACAUCGUCAGCAAGCUGCAAGACCAUGCGCCUGGCCUGGUGGGGAAGCCAAAGCUACUGAUCGUGCAGGCAUGCCGCGGGUUGCUGGUGGACGCGGGCAAGGUGCACCUGGACGGGAAUGGGGAAGUGUUGCUGCUGCCUUCGCACGUUGACACGCUUGUGCUGCGUUCCUCUGUGGAAGACUACAGGUCCUUCCGCGGCAGUGGCGGUUCCUGGUUGAUUCAGGAGUUCUGCCGCGUGGUGGACGCCAAGCAUCGCCAGAUGGACCUGAUGCAGAUGAUCGUCAUAGCCAGCAGGCUGGUGGCUCGCGAGCGCGUAUCCAAUUGUUCAAAGAGACUUUGGGCGCACAACAAGAAGCAAACGCCGGAGAUGAGAUCCACUCUCCUCAAAACCCUGCGCUUUUCUGACCCGGUCUAGAUAGUAACUCAUCAUCACACUACCAGCUACACUUUUAAUAGGUCUAUCGAUUAACUGAGCCAGUUGGUAAGAAGUUACUACGGUUAAGUACAAGCUUGGCUUAAUGAAGCUGAUUUGUGUUAUGUUACGUAAGAAAAAAUAUAAUAUAUCAACUACUUGUAGACCAGAAGUCAGGUAUCUUCUACUAGAAAAUUCUUUACCAACUUCCAACCAACCAAUUCUUCACCAACCGCCUGAGAUAUACCUACAUUGGACCAUUGCUGGACCUUAUAUGUCUCAGCGAAUUGCUAGUUUACAGUGUCGACGAUAUAUUUAACCUCGUCCUGAUCAAGAAUUUUGAAUGGAACUUCGGUGUUCUAUUGUUCUCAAUUAAGGGCACUGGUAUCAGGCCCUUAAUCAUUGAAUGCCUAUUACUCGUACAUUACAAUACCUAACAUGUUUAAUUUGUUCUAUUAUAUAUUAUGUCUGUCCAGGAUGGUGCUAGUAAGAUGAGUAGGGUAGGAUCUUUCAACUUUAUUAUAUUUCUAGCAUACGUACAGUGACUGAUCUAAAUACCUAUUUUAUAUUUUUUUAUUGAAUAAAGAAACUUUUGGA